AUGAGGGAGACUGCAGGUGAAGUGCAACACCACCAUGACCGAGUGCAGAAACUUUCGAGAGAUCUUCAUCAAAAUCGCGACCAUAGUCUCAUCGGCAACGCUAAACUUGAUCCAGAACCUAAGGCAAAAGUGCCCAGAAGAAAACCUAAGCAAGCUGACGAACGUUUACGUAACUUGAUCGAGAAAAGACUGAAAAGGGAACACGGGGUUCUUUUAGGUGAAUUACAAGUUGGUGGACGUGGGCGAAGGCUGCUGGCCAAUGAGGUAGCAUUGUUACAUGCACCAGUGUAUGUGGCUCAAAUAGCCGCGAAAAAGGAGCGGGGAUCAGAUACACGCGAUCGAGCGAAAAGGUCGAAGCAGUCAGAAGCGAGAGAUGGGGUUGAAGAAAUCGCUUCAUUUCCUUCCAAGCGACGGAAGGUAAUACAAUCCCAAGCCCCUGCAGCGCUCCAUGAGAAACUCCAUUCCGAAACGCAAGAAGUGGCGCCGGCUUUGAAAAUACUUUUCCUAUCGCCAAAUACCUUUCUUGAAGAAGAGCCAGAUAUCGACUACCUGAUAAGCGUGCGAUCUCCGAGUCCACAAACGGCCAGUUAUGAAACGAUUGCAGAAAGUCAAGCCUGGGCAGAAAGCCUCGAGGCCGAAGAAUAUCUCAAUACUGUGACUGUUCUAACUGAUGAGGAUGGUAUAUGGCCUUGGCUAGAUACUCAGUUCUUUGAAUGUCACGAUGGUAGUUUCACGGUUCGUGGUUGGAUGCCUGCUCCCCAGUGGUUUCAAUGGGAGUCUUUUAGUCAAAUGGUGGAUAGGAGACAUGCGCAACUACACACCGAAAAAGCAAACAAUGACGAUGCUCUCGCGAGCUCAGAGCAGUUCUUUGACUGUAGGAUUCGAGCUUGCCUCGAAUCGGAAAUGGCUUGGGGUUCAACAUUUACCAACACACCCUUUGCUUCGGCGGGGCCUCAUCACAUAUUUUUGAGGUUCUGCAGCGGUCCCAUCGAAUCAGAAGCUCUACAUCUAUGCGAAAUAAGCUGGCCUCCAGAAGAGCAACAUACUCCGACAUCCUACGGCCGUGCUCUACUGGGAACGGGGCAAGACCUUCCCGCAACCCCGGAGAACGGAAAGCUAGACACUGGAAUAGCUUCCCACGCAAGCUCGACUUUGAGGAUUAAACGUGUGGCGCUUGCAACUCGCUCGUUGACUUCGCUAGAGGGUUUGCAAUGCAAUUCUGUUAACAGAGAUGACAUUGAGUUCGAGAACUAUCCUAUGGAUAUACCUGAUAAGUUAUUGGCGGCGUUUAUUGCAGUACGUACUUUGCUGGGUGGCGCAGAUAAAACGAUUGAUUGGGGCCUUCUUAUGAUCAUUUUUCCGGAUGCGGAUUUGAUGCAGUUACGAAGAUUCUGGGUCGAUACACGGAAACGACAAGGACCUUGCAUCGCCAAUUUUACGCGGGCAUUUCAAGAGAGGGUUGUGACAGCAUUCAAGCAUGAUGAAUUGCCAAUGAUCGACUUCAAUAACCCCCAGGAUUAUGAUUGGGAUAAUCUCGUCCGUUGGACUAUGGGAAUUCCUCGGCUAGAGGGUUUUCAGAUUCCUGCAUCUCGGAAAUUAUUGGAUAGGCACUUCAGUCUGGAGGAUGUUAAGGGUCCCACGGAUGAUUGGCGAGAACGCUUUUUCCACGUGCAAGCUUCCGUUUUCACACGCUUCGAGGCGGUGACUUCUACCCCAGGAGCUUUCCCUGUCGACAGAGAUUUACGCAAACUGCAGCGAUCAUUCAAGAUAACCAAACUGGACAUUGCGAGGUCCUGGAUCAAGUCCCUUUGUAGCAUGUCAAUUGGCAAGUACUCCGUGGAAGAUAUCCGAGACAAGUUCUUCACUCUGUUACCUGGGAACAAACGCAAAACUUCCGAGCUCUUCAAAGAGGCCAUUGAGCUCUUGGCCAAGCAAAGAGUUAUUUGCAGAAGCAAAAAGCCGCCUUUAGGAGGCCGACCCUACAGGCUCAGCGAGGGAUACAUGUCUGCACUAAGCAAAAUGGCGCAAAGCUCGAAGUAUCGUGACGCUGCUGCGUUCAAAAUGAGGCUCGACGCUACGUUCAGGCUGGGAAAAAAGCUGACUGUACCUUACACGUUGAACGACGGGGCAAUGAUGGCUCUCACGAACCUCAACGCUGCCGGACGAAUAAGGCUGAUGCCUACAAACUUGCCCAACAUUCCAUUGGGCUUCGAACCUGGGAACUACGAGAGUCGCAAGUAUCCGAAAUCUUACUACCACUUUGGUAUAGAGGCUAUGCCUACAGAUGUCUACCUGUAUAACGAGCAAAUUCACGUUCUAAAAGCUGUUGUGGAUGCUGGGCCACCAUCUGACAGUCAAGACGGGGAACUCCCUCAAUGGGUGGAUAUUUUUAGCAAGCCAAACAAGGCACGUUGGCGAGAUAUACUCGGUGCCGUUUGCUUUGCAAUGGCUACCCGAGGCUCUAUGGAUAUCGAGGGAAUUUGCAGUGCCUUAUGUCCUAUACUGGAUGACUUUGAGGCGAGUCUCAUUGUCACCUGGGGUAAGAAAACAGGCGUGCUUACUGAUUUGCCCAAUGGCACAGGCUCUGCAGUCGGGGAAUGGUGGUGGUUGGUAGUGCCGUGGCUAUGA